UUUUAAUCAUUACCCUUUAAUUUGCCUGACCCAUUUUUAACAGGAAGGACGGUACAAAUUCCAAAAGGCCAUUCAAAAAUCCUCCUAAAACUAUUGCUAGCUAGCGCUUGUUCUAGAUUUUUAACAUGUCGCAGUGCAAGACCGCUCUCGUCACUGGCGGGACCCGAGGAAUCGGCUACGGUAUAGCCGAGGAGCUCGCCACCGCCGGUUAUGACCUUAUUCUUGGGUACCGGCAAAACCAAGACCGUGCCGAAGACGCCAAGGCACACCUAGAGGGAACGUACAAUGUACGCGUGUUCCUGGUGUCAGGCGAGGCGGGAGACGAAACCACGGUGGACGCUUACUUCUCCUGUGUCCAGGAGAACUUUGGUGGUAAACUGACGGCCCUGGUCCACAACGCCGGAGCGUACUGGCAAAACCGUUCCCACACCAAACCAGACGCCAGUGGCAGCUGGUUCCAAGGCUGGGAGGCGUACGAGUUCUUCCAGGGCAUGUACCCGAAAUGUUUCAUCAGGCUGGUGGAGAGGGCGGUCACCUGUAUGGAGGACGGGCGAGGGUACAUCGUCGCCGUGUCUUCCCCCGGGUGUAACAACUCCCGCGGGCCGAACCUCGCCUACAUCACCCCGGGUACGGCUAAGGCAAGUGUGGAGUACCUGGUCAGGCACUACGCCAAGCAGCUGGCGCCCAGGCGGAUCACCUGUAACGUCGUCAUCCCGGGCUUCACCAAGACCGAGGCCUGGGACCCAGUCGUGGAGGAGUUAGGGGCGGCGCAAGUCGACGCUUUCAUCGGUUCCUGCGGUAUGAGACGGUGGGCUUCUCCCCGUGAAGUCGGCGGUGUGGCGGCGUUCCUGUGCUCGGAGAAGGCGGCGUUCAUCACCGGCGCGUCAUUGCCUGUGGACGGCGGCGUCCACCUCAAGUAAUUACGAUAACGUCAAACCGAACAUGCUUGGCUGUAGGGGACAGAACUGUCAACUGUAGGUCCCCUCAUAACAUAGGUCCUUUAUUUCAUGUACACGUAAUAAAUUGCAAUAGCCUUCGGGCAGGAACUUGCAAUAAAUUUUCAUUAAAAAGUGUGAAGAAUGGCAACCGCCGAGUAGAAUGAAAUGCCAUAUGCAUAACGCACGCGA